CAAGAUUUUGAUACUGAAAUAGUAAAACAACUGGAUGGGCCAUUGCGUGAAACUGUUUUGGAUCCAAUAACUAAAUUUUCUACUUAUUUUAAAGAAAUUGAUGAAGCAAUGAAAAAAAGGGAACAUAAGAAACAAGAUUUUGAUGCGGCUAAGGCAAAAGUUCGUCGUUUAAUCGAUAAACCUGCAAAGGACGCUUCGAAGUUACCAAGAGCUGAAAAGGAAUUGGAAACAGUAAGACAAGUUUAUGAACACUUGAAUGAUCAAUUGAAAACAGAGUUACCUCAUUUGACCGCAUUAAGAGUGCCCUAUUUUGAUCCAAGUUUUGAAGCUCUCGUAAAAAUUCAAUUGAGAUUCUGUACCGAUGGCUAUACAAGGUUAUCACAGGUACAACAAUAUUUGGAUCAAAGAUCUAGAGAUGAUUAUGCAAAUGGUGUUUUGGAUGAUAGAAUACAGGGUAUAAUUCAACAAAUGCAUGCUUUAGAUAUAUGUGCCCUUGGGUUUAAAUAA